AUGGACACGGCUCUCCCGCAGACGCAGCAUCCUUGUGCCGCCCUGCUGUUACUCGGUACAAGUGACGAGAGGUACCUUGGAGCCGUACACCGACAAGCCGAAUAUCUGCUCAGGAGAGCUCCGAGGUUCGCGCUUAAGGAUACACACUCAGCAUUAUCGCACAGGGACGAUCCUCCACAGCUUUGGGCCGAUUUCUUGGACGCGGUGCCCCGAUUCCUGGCCUUAUAUGGAGUUGCCACCCACAACAUCAGAUUUCUAGAUGAAGCUGUGCUUCAAUGCCAGCUGUAUGGCGAUGUGUUGGGCACCAGCACCAUUCUUGAGAAUGGAACUACAUAUAAAGGGCUGUGGAUGCAGAUUGUCUCGCAUCCGGCCAAGCUGCCUCAAGGUAUCACUAGGCCUCUGACAACGCCGUUGAAGUGGAUUCCUCCUCGGACCGUUCAGGAGAACCUCGAUGACAACAAAUUAUUGCUGGAGAAGGAAAAGACACUUGCAACCAUCCUCUUCGAGAUGUUGAACUGUAUAAUUGGCCAGGCGCGGGGCCAUGAUUCAGAUCUGCUCAAGAAUUACUUAGAUGGACACUGGAGUGUACAUACGGAAUAUUCCUGGCUAUAA